AUGGACAUUAUUAAUGACAUUCGUCGAGAGUUUGGCAUAACCGUAAGCUAUACUAAAGCAUACAUGGCUAAAAAUUUUGCUUGUGGACUGAUUCGUGGGAAAUCCCCUGAGAGUUAUGCGAAAUUGCCAGCAUAUUGUCAUAUUUUGGAGAUACAAAAUCCUAGUACACUGACAUUCAUUCAUACUAAUGAUGAUCAACACUUCAAGUACUUUUUUAUGGCAUUGGGACCAAGUAUACAUGGGUUCCUCAACUCAAUGCGAAAGGCAAUUUCUGUAGAUGGUGCAUUCUUGACGUCGAGAACGAAAGGUACUCUACUCAUAGCAACUUCUCAGGAUACAAAUUUUCAAAUAUAUCCACUCGCAUUGGGAGUAGUUAAUUCGGAGAAUGAUGAAUCUUGGACUUGGUUCUUUCAGAAGUUGCGAUUAAUAACAGGUGAUACGGAUGACCUUGUGAUUAUAUCUGACCAUGCAACAUGCAUAAAAAAUGGAGUUAGAAAUGUGUUUCGAUUUACUCAUCAUGCUCUAUGCAGUAAAAAGGAUGGCAUCAAAGAGUAUCUAUUAGAAGAAGAUUUUCAUUAUUGGGCUAGAGCGCAUUUUACCGGAAUACGUUACAAUAUCAUGACUAUGAAUAAUGCUGAAUCUAUAAAUGAAAAAUGUGUGACCCAACUCACGCCAGUUGGUGACAAUUUAGAUCACUACUUUGUGAAUUUUUACGAAAUGAAAUGUACGUGUAGAAAAUUUGAUUUGAACAAGUUCUCAUGUGCGCAUGCAAUUGCUGCCGCAAGGUUUAAAGAAGACGACGCGAAGGCAAACUACGUUCACGUCGUUACAGUAGACAUGAAUGUCGUUCCAGUUCGAAAAUUGAACAGAUUAACAUAA